AUCGUCAACAUUAACGUUGAACGUCUGUGUGCGGAACCUUUGAGCGUGUGUUUUAAAACGGGGACCUAAUUCAAUGUGGCACAAGUGUUACGCGUGUUUUUCUCAGUGGAACAUGUUCGGUGACUGACAGGAGACUCCACUUCAAAGGUAUCUGCGCGGUCAACAUUAAAAACACAUUUAAUAACCGAGCCGUUGCUCUUCCUCCAGGUGAGUUUCCAGGUAGGCGCCAUGCUCCUCCCCCUCCUGCGGCGCCCUCAGCCCCGCGUGCUCCUGACGCGGUGGCUCCUCCCCCCGCGCCUCCACGCGCCGAGCCGGGGCGCCAAGACCCGGGGCAGGAAGUCCGAGAGCCGGCAGCCGGACUGGGGGAGCCGGAACCGGACGGCGCUGACGUACAUCGCCGCCGCCGGCGUCGGGAUGGUCGGCCUGUCGUACGCCUCCGUGCCGCUCUACCGGCUCUACUGCCAGGCGUCGGGGCUCGGCGGCGCGCCGGUGGCCGGACACGACGCGGAGCAGGUGGAGACCAUGACGCCGGUGAAGGAGCGCGUCAUCAGGAUCUCCUUCAACGCAGACACGCACGCCAGCCUGCAGUGGAACUUCAGACCCCAGCAGACCGAGAUCUACGUGGUUCCAGGUGAGACGGCGCUGGCAUUCUACAGAGCGAAGAACCCCACCAACAAGCCCAUCAUCGGCAUCUCCACCUACAACGUGGUGCCCUUCGACGCGGGCCAGUACUUCAACAAGAUCCAGUGCUUCUGCUUCGAGGAGCAGCGCCUGAACCCCCACGAGGAGGUGGACAUGCCGGUCUUCUUCUAUAUCGACCCCGAGUUCGAUGAGGACCCCCGGAUGGCCCGCGUGGACACCAUCACGCUGUCCUACACCUUCUUCGAGGCCAAGGAGGGCCAGAAGCUCCCUCUGCCCGGGUACAGCUACAACUGAGGGGGACCGGGAACCGGAUCCUGGUUCAGACCUCAGACCGAGUAAAGAAGCAAAAUACUCAUCCGAGACUAUUCUUUUUUUUUUGGUGCUUUUAAUUUGAAAAAACACAGACUUUUACACUGAAAAUCAAAACAGGAAACAAGUGCCGCUGUGAGGAAAAUAUAAUAUUUAGAGAAGAAAUGAUCUUUUAAUACAAUAAAUACGGUCGGAUGUUACAUCUUCUUCUU